AUGCGCGUCUCACUCGCUAAGGAGGGUAAUUCUGUAGCGAGUGUGAGCGAGGAAUUGCAAACGGCGCCUGUGCAAGCAUCCGAGCGCGUGAAUGAGUCAAAAAUCGAUCAUAAGAUGGUACGCGCGGGCUCUGAGGAAGAGCAACAGGGCCGAGUUGAGAUGACUGGAUCGCCUGAGCAUCAGUGUAGCCCGGUGUAUUACGGUAAUAAUAUUAUCAAUCAGGCUGAAACUGAUAUUAAAAAUGGAAAAAUUGUGUCUUUCUCGGAUAAAGUAAGGUAA